UACAAAUUCCUACACACAUUCAAAGGACAGUCCAAAGCUUCACCAUGAAGACUUUAGCUGCUUUAUGUGUUACAAUAUGCAUUCUUUAUCAGGUUAAUGGAAAGAGCAUAACGGACCAUAUGCAAGGGUCAAGACGAGAGGUGCGGGAAAUUAAUGAUCCCGGAUCAAUCGACUGCAAAAUGAGUGCCUGGUCCCAGUGGACGUCCUGCGACCCCUGCACUAAUAGGACGCAUCGCUCUAGAGGUAUUGAGGUCUUUGGGCAGUUUAAAGGCUCUAGGUGCAUAAACCCAAUUGGAGAGCGGAAACCCUGUAAACCUUCUACCAAAUGCCAGAUGGACCCUCCACCUGUCUGCAAGAGCUCUCAAUGGUGGUGCUCUUCAGGAAUAUGUAUAAACAAAAAUCUGAGGUGUAACGGGGAUUACGACUGUGGAGAGCCUGAUACGUCUGAUGAAGAUGAGUGUGAUAUCAUCAGAACACCUUGCGGCAAGACAGCUGUAUUUGAGUCUGAUAUAGCCAUCCAAGCUGGAUACGGAAUAAAUAUUCUGGGAUCUGGACCUCGAAUGAAUCCCUUCAAUAACAGAUUCUAUAACGGUCAAUGUAACCGGAUCAGAGAACCAUCCACAUUGGAAUAUAACAGACUGCCUUGGAAUGUUGGAGUUCUCAACUAUGAGACAAAAGUGGAAGAGAGCAGCUCUAAGGAGAUGUAUGAGGACAUUCACUCUUUAAUAAAGGAGAUAUCUAGGGAAUCCUCUACAUCUUUUGAAAUAGGCUUAAACUUCAAGUUUACACCUACUGAGCCCUCCAGUUCUGGUUCAGGUGAGGCUGGCAGUGCUGGUGGAGGUGGUGAAGUUGCCGGCCCCAGCGACGGUGGUGAAGCGGCCAGUCCCGAUGUGGGCGGUGCAGUUGAAGGUCCUGGUGAGGGCGGUGAAGCUCCAGGUCCUGGUGAUGGCGGUGAAGCUCCAGGUCCUGGUGACGGCGGUGAAGCUCAAGGUCCUGGUGACGGCGGUGAAGCUGAAGUUUCUGGUGCAGGCCAAAAUACUAGUCCUGGCUUAGGUUUUAGUGCGUCAGUAGGAUUAGCUUAGAAACUGAAAAGUUCAAAAGUCGUUCAACCCCUACUACAAACACAUGUUCUCUUUCAGAGAAAGACCUUCAUGAGAGUGAAAGGCAGUGUGCAGCUGGCAACCUACAGGAUGAGACAGCGAGGGAUGGAGGUGUCCUCAACGUUCCUGGAUGAUGUGGAUGCCCUGCCACUUACAUAUGAGAAGGGCCAGUAUUUUGCUUUCUUAGAGGACUAUGGAACACACUUCACCAAGAACGGAAAGUCUGGUGGAGAAUACGAACUUGUUUAUAUAAUGAAUGAGGAUGUCCUCAAACUAAAAAAGGUCACAGAAUCCACAGUCAAGGAAUGUUUAGAGCUUGGACUUAAGGGUAACUUCCAAUUUACUCAAGCAGUAACAGGAGGAGGACACAUUAAACCAAAAAACAACUGUGAUACACUAACAGAAAAACCCACAGAUGACAGGAACACGAAGGGGGUUAUUGAUAAAGUGCUGAUUGCAGUGAGAGGGGGCAGUCCGGCUUCAGCAGUAGCCAUGAAGUCUCAGCUCACUAAAGAUGGCAUUCUAGACUAUAAUCAGUAUGUGGAAUGGGCAAAGACCGUAUCUGCUCUGCCAGCUCUCAUUCACAGUGAUCCUGAACCCAUCUACAACGUGAUCCCUUUGGACUUUCCUGAUGCUCAGCCGAGACGGGAAAAUCUCAGAAGAGCCCUGGAUGACUAUGUGGCCGAGUACAGCGUGUGUAAGUGCCAGCCGUGCCAGAACGGUGGCUCUGUGAUCCAGGUAGAUGGGGAGUGUAAAUGCAUGUGCCUACCAGGGACUGAAGGUGUUGCGUGUCAGAUCAUUGAGAUGGAACUGGUGAAAGCUAAGUCUUUUGAACAACUGGGAAACUGGGGCUGUUGGUCUUCCUGGUCGCUCUGCUCCGGGGGGCGUCGCAGACGAACGCGCACGUGCGAUACUCGCGGUGUACCAGGAGGAAUCUGCAGAGGAGACACAACUCGUGAAGACUACUGCUAAUAUAGUAGUUCAAAUACACAAAUAAUCAUGAGAUAAUAAAAGUGUUGCGUACAAAAUAAAAUGCAAAUUACAAUUGCAUGUACAUUCAGAUAGUUCUCUCAUGAAGAGCGGUUUAGAGAAACACGUUUGACAACAAUGCCAUCUUGUGGUCAAUAGUGCAACCGAAAAUAGUUGCAUUACAGAAACAGUAAGCUUUUCUCAUAUUGGCUACCUGACUUUUUGCCUACCACGGCCGUAACAUACAGUGAUGGUUUCACAAAUAAAUUUCAUGUCACUUUAAAAUAUA